AUGUCCACUGCUCUGAUAGCGUUCUGGCUCGUCUAUCUUUCCCACUGGCUCGCGGUUGCAUUCGCUUACAUACCAGCGUUACCCACAAACUCGACCGUGGCAGGAGUCCAAGGCGCACCAAAUACUACAGAUGUAUCGCAGCUGACUGUCCAGUGGUACUACAAUGGGUCAUACUCCGAUAACAUCUCGUACGAGCUCGCGGGAAUGGAAAGCAAUGGGACUAGCAGGGGAGCUUUGGUGCAUUUCUCAGAGGAGAGCGUAGACGAGAACACACCUCCCACGACAACACCGUGGAUUGCGAUGGUUGCGUGCGAUGCGAAUGCAACCAAGUUCUCGUUGGAGAUCGACAUAUUCACACUUGCGCGCGAUAAAGGUGCAAAAGCUGCGUUGCUGUAUUCGAUAUACUCCAAGGCGUGUCUCAUCAACGCAGAGUAUCUGGAUCCAACGUUUGACAAGGUCUUUGAUAUCUUCUCUACGCAAUCCCUGACUUCGGCGCAGUUCAUCGAAGAGCAGUUCCGCAACGCGAAUGGCACGUUCCGGUGGUAUGAUUCCCAGAACUUGAACAACUCAGGUGAAAUCGUAAAUGCGACAAUAAGAGCCAGGACUCCUACAGAGCCCAACUACCUCCUUGCCACGUUGAGAGCCUACAAUGCAACAGGCGACGACGACGCUGCAUCACCCACCAGUAGUUCUACCGGUGCUGCUAGCGAUCCUGGUUCCUCCACAAAUACUAGCCUUGCCAUGAUCAUCCUAUACGCAAUCACUGGCUGCGUAUCGGCAUUAUUCUGCGUAGUCAUCAUAUCGGGCGCCGUCAGGGCAAUUCGCCACCCCGAGCGGUACGGUCCUCGAUCUGGUCGUUUCGGGGGCUCAUAUAGCCAGAGCCGUGUACGCGGCCUCACGCGCGCGAUGCUUGACACGUUCCCCGUCGUCAAGUUUGGCAGUAACCCGGGCACCGGCACCGAUCGCGAAGGGGUGCGCGGAGCGGGCAAGGACGUCGAAGCGUCGUUCGCCAGUGCUUCCCCCGGCGAAGGAAACACCCCCACUGAGAUUAAGCUCGCCGAUCUAUCUAGAGAACCGAAGCAAAGUAGUACAGCUGCUCUCGGUGAUCAGCCCAAUCCUAACCUUACUUCACGGAAUGCAGAGGGUGACCCAGUAGCAAGCGAUGUUGUCGCCAUUGUCCCCCGGCGUGCGUCUGACAGCAGCGGGCGCACAUCCGACGCCGAACCCAGUGCACGCCCGAAUUCUGCGCCGGCAGCUGCGUCUGGCUCGUCCGCACCUGUACGUAGGCCUUCGCAAAGAACGAUCGUCGAGCCGGAGUCCAUGGGGCGCGAGACAUGUCCGAUAUGUAUUGUGGAUUUCGAGGAGGGGGAUGAUCUGCGUGUAUUGCCAUGCGAAGGGAACCACCGCUUCCACCAGCAGUGUGUUGAUCCAUGGUUGCUCGAGCUGUCGAGCUCGUGUCCCAUAUGCCGACAAGAUUUCCUGGCCUUGGAGACCAUCCUGUCCGGCGAAUCGGAGGAGACGUCGGCGCGGAACCAAAGCCCGGAUCAUCAUCAUGCCCACAACGAAUCGCCGACCAACGGGCGCUUUUCAAGAUACCUCCGGUUCGCGAGGCGGCGGAGGCCUGAGCCUGAAGAGGAGGAAGACCCCACCGACCCGUAUCUCCCUAUGGCAGCCCACACCUCCCUGUACCAUCCAACAUCCUAG